AUGUCUUUAAUCGGAACGGCUUCCGAGAUCUGGUUGAAAAAGCGGGUCAUGUCGUAUGACUUGUCUAUACCUGGGGACUCGGUUUCUGGAGUUUCCUGUCCCUCUUCUUUUAUUGGAGCUUCAGAGUCAGUAGCGGAAAGUUCUGUGGUUUCAGAAACAGUCUCAGAUUCGGUAGCUGGAGCUUUUUCAGCGGGCACCUCUUCUGGCACCCCCUUUUCUUCUUUCACAGUAGAAGCAGACACAGUAGGUUUCUCGACAAUUGGCUCGGUUUCUGGAACCUCACGUGCGGGUUCGGCAACCUUAGGUUCUUCAGCCUUUGGAGGUUCUGGCUUGGAUUCCUCCUCAACCUCUGGUUUAGGUUCCUCUUUCACUUCAGGAACAACCUCCUUUGGCUUUUCCGUCACUGGUGCCUCCUUUUUGACUUCCUCGACGGCUGGUUUCACCUCAGUCUUGGUUUCCUUGAUUUCCUUGGUUUCUGCUGCUGGAGCGGCCUGCGGCUUAUCCUUUCCUGCGGCGGCUUUGACAUUUUUCAACCGAAGAGCCGGAGGAGUGGCAGGCUUCGAGACAGGGGUCGCAAUGGGUUUCACCGGGGACAUGGGCACAGAAGCGGUUGUAGGUGGGACUGCUGGUAGGUUUGGUGUGACUUUCGACAAAACCGGGGUAGAAGAUGAAGACGAGGUCGAGAACGAAGCUGUUUUCGAAUGGCCCUUGUUGAAUUGGACAGGCUCGCCGUUCUUGUUCUUAAUGCUCAAACCAGCAGGUUUACCGACAGGAGUGUGA